AUGGAAACAGUUGAGCAGCUCGUCUCUUUCCACCACAUUCAGGUCCAGUUGAGCGGGGGUGCACCCUGGGGGUUCACGUUGAAAGGAGGUCUCGAGCACGGCGAGCCCCUCAUCAUCACUAAAGCAACUGUUCCUCCCUGCCUCCUCCGGUGCUUUCGCACCACCAUGGCCGCCGACGGCACCAGAAACGUUGAGGUUUCACAGAAGAAUGUUUUGACAUUUGGUGGACGGCAUGCAGCCAGCUGUCUUGGUUUGACAUUGAUGGAUCAAUCUCCCGGGCCUCCGCUCCCACCAGGCCGCCGACCUUUCAACCCCGCGCUGUUGUCAGGGCUGAUCACCGGAUCUAAUGGCUUCCAUACCACGCCAGAAACACACAGCUUGUGGCUUUCAACGCUCCUGUUCUGUCACUCUGCCAUUGACUUCGAACCAACUGUGCCGGUGACCCGGGGUCCCUCCUCUCCUUCGCGGCCAAAGCGCCGAGCCCUCAUCCAGGAGGAGCUCUUCCUUGACUGUUUCACUUGUUUCACGGCCCCUCGGAGGCCAAACGUCGGGGUGACUCACGCUUGUGGUCACCAGCGCCACGGCUACCAGUGGAAAUGGAAGAUCGAGGAUGGAGGGAAGGCGGCCCAUUGCAAGAAGCUGAAAGUUGGCGAUGAGCUCAUCAACAUAAAUGGAUCCGCCCUUUACGGCAGCAGGCAGGAAGCGCUCAUACUCAUAAAGGGAUCGUACAGGAUACUUAAGCUCACACUCCAGACAGCUGUUUGGCAGGGGGGGGCCGCGUCUUGUUCUGGCCCCCCGAAACGCGGCCAGGCGUCCAGCUCUCGGAAGCUCCGGGAGGGAUUUUCCUGCUCCCGCUCCGGGGUCGCCCCCACGGAUCCCAGACGGGACGGACACCCCGACAGACGGGUCUCUCGAGAGGGAGCGCGGUCGCGAUCAGAAUCUGGCCCCCGCUAA